CUUGGUUGCUGGGGGUGGGUGAGACGGGGAGCUGUCGCGGACCAGGUGCGAUUGUCUCUGUUGCUGCUUUUGCCUGAGGAGUGUUCCUUCUUACAUCGCACCCUGACUGCGGCAGUGCCAAGGGGUAGUCCCCGCGGACACCUCCACCGGCAGUGGAGAUGCCUCUCUUUGCCACCAAUCCCUUCGACCAGGAUGUUGAGAAAGCAACCAGCGAGAUGAACACUGCCGAGGACUGGGGCCUCAUCCUGGAUAUUUGCGAUAAGGUCGGCCAAUCCCGCACUGGACCUAAAGAUUGUCUUCGGUCUAUUAUGAGGAGGGUGAACCACAAAGAUCCUCAUGUUGCUAUGCAGGCAUUGACUCUUCUAGGAGCAUGUGUAUCAAACUGUGGCAAAAUUUUUCACUUAGAAGUGUGUUCAAGAGAUUUUGCUAGUGAAGUAAGCAACGUAUUAAAUAAGGGUCAUCCAAAAGUGUGUGAGAAGCUAAAAGCUCUUAUGGUUGAGUGGACAGAUGAAUUUAAGAACGACCCGCAGCUCAGUCUGAUAUCAGCAAUGAUUAAGAACCUGAAAGAGCAAGGAGUCACUUUCCCAGCUAUUGGUUCUCAGGCUGCAGAACAGGCCAAAGCAAGCCCAGCUCUCGUAGCCAAGGAUCCUGGUACUGUGGCUAACAAAAAAGAAGAAGAAGAUUUAGCAAAAGCCAUUGAGUUGUCGCUCAAGGAGCAAAGGCAGCAGACCACUCCCCUGUCCACUCUGUAUCCGAGCACGUCCAACCUUCUAACUGACCACCAACAUGAUGGCCGGAAAGUCCGCGCCAUCUAUGACUUUGAAGCUGCUGAAGAUAAUGAACUCACUUUUAAAGCUGGAGAAAUCAUCACAGUUCUUGAUGACAGUAAACUGUUCCUUUUUGUUCAUCAUAGUGAUCCAAACUGGUGGAAAGGUGAAACCCAUCAGGGCAUCGGGUUAUUUCCCUCUAAUUUUGUGACUGCGGAUCUCACUGCUGAACCAGAAAUGAUUAAAACCGAGAAGAAGACAGUACAGUUCAGUGAUGACGUCCAGGUAGAGACGAUAGAGCCAGAGCCGGAGCCAGCUUUUAUCGAUGAAGAUAAAAUGGACCAGUUGUUACAGAUGUUGCAAAGUACAGAUCCCAGUGAUAAUCAGCCAGAUCUGCCAGAACUUCUUCAUCUUGAAGCAAUGUGUCACCAGAUGGGACCUCUCAUUGAUGAAAAGCUGGAAGACAUUGACAGAAAGCAUUCAGAACUCUCCGAACUUAAUGUCAAAGUCAUGGAGGCGCUUUCAUUGUAUACGAAGUUAAUGAAUGAAGAUCCAAUGUAUUCCAUGUAUGCGAAAUUACAGAAUCAGCAGUAUUACAUGCAGGCGUCUGGCGUGUCUGGUGCUCAGGUCUACCCCGGCCCUCCUCAGAGUGGUGCUUACCUGGUUGCAGGGAGCGCACAGAUGAGCCAUCUGCAGAGCUACAGCCUUCCCCCGGAGCAGCUGUCUUCGCUCAGCCAAGGCGCCGUUCCUCCAUCUGCAUGCCCAGCUCUUCCUAGCCAGCAGAACCCAGCUUCCUACCCCAAUGCCAUGGUUAGUUCUGUUCAAGGGACCACGUAUCCCAGCCAGGCUGCAAUGUACAGUCCUCCUCCUGCUGCUGCUGCUGCCGCCGCCGCCGCCACUGUGGACGUCACAGUCUACCAGAAUGCGGGAACUAGUAUGUCCCAGGUGCCAAACUACACUUUAACGUCAGCCACCCUGCCUCAGCCGGGAGCCAGCCAACAGCCACCUCCACCACAGCAGCCGUAUUCUCAGAAGGCUCUGCUAUAGGACCUACUUUUAUUCUUUGUGGCAAAUACCUGCUAAAUGCCACUGACGCUGUUACGAGAUUCAUUAAUAUCUUAAGAUUUGUUUAUCCUCAGCUUUUAGAAAUCUGUCUUGGUCAACAAAUUCAAAUAUUCAAGAAAGUAGAACUCUCUAAUUUGCACAGACAUUUUAGAGGUUCACUCCUCCCUCUCCCCCAGAGGAAUGAAAAGACUUACAACAUUUAGUUCCGUUCAUAAUAUGAAGAAUUGCUACAAGAUUAUUUGUCUUGUAAAAUUACCUGGUCUGCAAAGAGUCAAACUUACAGAAACUGUUGUGGUAUAUGUUAUGUACAUAUCUGGAUAUAUAACUUCAUUAGUGGCCCUUUGAAUCACAAUGGGAUCAUGUGAACAUAUUUAACACUGUGUUAAAUUAAUUUACUUUGCUCUGUUAUUUUAAUCAUGACAACUACUUUGUUUCCUCAUGUUUUAUGUAAAUUUAAGGUAGUUACGCUAUCCAUUCAAACUGCAAGAAAACAAAGUUGUAGCAUAUUCACAAGACGCAUUGCUGUCCAACCUCCUUUUACUAACUGUAAGCUGAGUUACCUGUAUUACGUCUUUCUGUAGCCUCUACGUCCCACUGGCUGUCAUCACACCAGCGUACAGUAGCUAAAUUUUUGGUGCAGUUGCAGAAAUGAUAAUGUUCCCUUUUAAGCUUACAUUUUGGCAUGAUAUUUCAGAUAUUUUGGGACCAUGAGACAAAAUUAAGUAGGAUCAUGUUCUUUAUAUCUUAUUUUUAAAGAAAUAAUGUCAAUUUCCUUUUUUCUAGUUGCACAUAGUUCAUUAGGUUUCUAAGCUGUAUGCUGUGUUAAUUGGUGGCAGUGACACCAAAGACAGAGGCAAUGGAUAGAAAUUUUUAAACUGGAAUGAAAACAUGAGUCAACACUACAUUUUCAGUCUCUUGUAAUUUUUUAGGGUAGAAACAAAAUUUGAUUCAUCUGUCUUAUCCUACUACUAGUAGUCUUAUAAAUAUGUCUUUAACACAUUGUAUUCUUUAAUUCUUCAUUAAAAUGGAUAUAAGUAGAUCUUUCAAAGUAAUUCAUAUUUCUGGCUUUGCUUAUCAGUUUAUAUAUUUAUUGUUACCUUUCAAACUGGAGUUUUAGGCUACUUUCUCCCCUUUCUCCCCUUUAAAGUUCUGAUGGAAUUACUUUGGCGUGAGUAUUUUUGAAUGAAUGCAUUUCUUUUAAUUCAUACAAAAAAUGUUUUCCACUGACAUUUUAAUCAUAAAUAUUUAUAAUUUCCCUGGUUGUUCUCUACUAUAAUUUUAACACCAUUAUUUUAAAACAUUGAAAAAUUGAGUUGAGUGCCAUUUUUAAUGAGUUGAUUUAACAGGUUUCACACUAAAUGCAAAUUUGAUUUAUAUUUUCUAAGAUUGUAAUCAAGUAGAUUAUGUGACAGAGGACUCCAUCUUUGGCAGAUGAUCUUAACGGUAACAAAUUUCACAGGUUCACAUUUAGAGCACCAUCUUCAAUUUAAGUGGUUUUGCUGAUGUUAUAUUUUCCUGAGCUUAUUGUCCACAAAUACUAACUUUAAAAUUUCUAUUCAAAGUCCAUUCUUUAAGUACUUUUUAAAGUUACAUUGUUGAAGAGAUUAUAAUUUUUUGUUCCAAUUUGCAUAUUGUUUUAAUUGAUUCAUUUUUCCUGAGUCAUAUUGUAUUUUUUGUCAUGAUAAAUUUUUGUUUACAACUGUAUCCUUUUCCCAUUUUAAUUUUGGUAGCCUUCAUAUUAUAAAAUUAAUUAAAUACUUUCUGGUAUGCUUUCAGCCCUAUGAAAGUCAAAAAAUGGUGAAAUGCAAAAAAAGGCCAACAACAACAACAACGCUACCUUUAUUACAAUGCGUAUACAUUUCCCAUCAUCUUUAGAUCACUAGGCUUAUAAAGAGUUAAAACUUAUUAAGCACUUAAAGCUGAUACCAUUUUAGUUUCUGCUUCUCACUAACUAAGGAUGAAAGUGCCAGGUGGAAAAUUUUCAAUGAAAAUUGUAGCACUGGCUUUUCCAUCUUUCAGAUGUCACGGCAGGGAUGGAACUAGGUGGACACUAGUUAGGGUCACAGUGAUUUUCUUUUGAAACCUUUUGUGUUGCACUUUCAAGGAAUCGUUCAUUAAUAGCUGUCCUUAUUUUGAAGGAAUAGAAUUUAUAAAAUGAGCUAACUAUAAUGUAAACUUCUGUGAAGCCAUUUUUAUUUCUCAGUUUAUUUCUUUCAUAAAGUUUGAGGUAUGUUUCCAUAAAGUUGACACUAAAUGGAAAAAAUUCAAUCCAGUUACUAUGUAGCAUAAGUAGCCAACAGACUCCAUGGCUCAUUGGAUAUAGUAAUAUAUGAGUGUCCUAAAACUACUACUAAUGAUGUGUAAUAUAUAGUUAAUAUGAUUUUACAGUCUUUUCUAACUUUGUGGUCUUCCUUCGCUAUUUCCUGUCUCCCCUACUAGAUGAGGGACCUUUUGAUACACCUCAGGAUUCCCUUCAUAUUAAAAUACUUGUGGAACUUUUUUUCCUGUACCUCUAGUUCUUAUACUUAAAAGUCCGUUGUUUUUCAUUUCUGAUAGAUACAGCUUUCCUAUGUGACAUAUUGCGCUUGAACAUCUUUUGUCCAAAGCAUCAGGGUUGUGUGCGAAAAACAUGAAGUCCUAGAUAAUAAAAAUGUAGGUAUAAAAAUUACAGAAAUUAUUUUCUAAGAUGAAGUUGAUUGGUAUUGGUCAAAUCUUCAUCUGUUACACAUUAAGAUCACUAUUUUCUUUUUCUCAUCUAUUUCCUUGUUUUACUUUGCUUGUUUUAUGUACUAAUAAUUAUUCU